AUGUCGGACAGAAUCCCUGCCAUUUGCCGCGACCGCGUGUCGGAGCGGGCGAAGAAGACGCUGGACAUUGUGGCCAAAUUUGUGGAGGAGGAAUGCAUUCCGGCCGAUCCGGUCGUGGAGGCACAGACGGGCAAGGGUGAAGAGCGAUGGGAGCAGCACUCGACGAUCGUGGAGGAGCUCAAGACCAAGGCGCGGGCGCUGGGGCUAUGGAACAUGUUUCUGCCGGCGGGCCACUACAAGGAGUCACCGGGGUUCACGAACCUGGAGUACGGGCUGAUGGCGGAGUGGCUAGGGCGAUCGCGGGUGGCGUCGGAGGCAUGCAACUGUGCGGCGCCAGACACGGGCAACAUGGAGGUGCUGGCCAAGUACGGCAGCGAAGCGCAGAAGGCGCAGUGGCUGGUGCCGCUGAUGGAGGGCCGGAUCCGGUCGGCCUUUCUGAUGACGGAGCCGCAGGUGGCCUCAUCGGACGCGCGCAACAUUGAGAUGGCGAUCCGGCGGGAGGGCGAUGAGUACGUGCUGAGCGGGUCGAAGUGGUGGUCGAGCGGAGCGGGUGAUCCGCGCUGUGCGCUGUACAUUGUGAUGGGACGAAUCGAAGGGGCGGGAUCGACGGCGGCGGAAAACCCGUACGGCCAGCAGUCAAUCGUGCUGGUGCCAGCGAACGCAGCGGGGAUCACGAUCCGGCGGAUGAUGAGCGUGUACGGCUACGACGACGCGCCCCACGGACACGGACAUCUGGUGUUUGACGGCGUGCGGGUGCCGGCGGCGACGAGUCUCGUGCUGGGCGAGGGCCGCGGCUUCGAGAUCAUUCAGGGACGUCUGGGACCAGGACGGAUUCACCACGCGAUGCGGGCAGUCGGAGCGGCCGAGCGGGCACUGGACUGGCUGCUGAUGCGGAUCAACGACCCGCGCAAGACGCCGUUUGGCAAGCUGCUGCGCGAGCACGGCGUGGUGCUCGAGUGGGUGGCGCGGUCGCGCAUCGAGAUUGACGCGGCACGGCUGGUGGUGCUCGGGGCGGCCGUCACGAUGGAUGAGCAGGGCCCCAAGGCAGCCCUGACGCAGAUCGCCGAGGCCAAGGUGCUGGUGCCGGCCAUGGCGCUGGCCGUCAUCGACCGGGCUGUGCAGGCGUUUGGCGGCGCCGGUGUCAGCCAGGACACGCCGCUGGCGGCCAUGUGGGCCAACAUCCGCACGCUGCGGCUGGCCGAUGGCCCCGAUGAGGUGCACCUGCAGCAGCUCGGCCGCAACGAGAACAAGCGGCGCGGCGCCGCCGUGACGGCCUCGAUUGAGAGCCAGCGCGCCCGCAGCGAGGAGCUGCUCGCUCGCCACGGACAGACACGUGCGCAACCGGGCGAAAACAUCAAGCACGCAGGCAAGUCGAAGCUGUAG